ACCUAAUUUUGUAUUCUAAAGUGAUUGAUGAGCAAAAUGGGGAUGAGAGACAAAAUGCGGGAAGCGAAGAGGAUACUCUGCCAAGUGUAGAAGUGAUUGAUGAGCAAAAUGGGGAUGAGAGACAAAAUGCGGGAAGCGAAGAGGAUACUCUGCCAAGUGUAGAAGUGAUUGAUGAGCAAAAUGGGGAUGAGAGACAAAAUGCGGGAAGCGAAGAGGAUACUCUGCCAAGUGUAGAAGAAGAAAUCAAUAAUAAAGAAACCACCCGAUUACACAAAAGCAAUAGAAGAUAUUGAUGAAUGACAAAAUAAAAGAACUAAAGGCAAAAUUGCAAGAGCUCCAGGGAUACAAUUUAUCUUCUGACGACAAUACAUACGAUUCAUCAAGCUCUUCAGAGAUUGAGUGGUCAUUGUUGAGUGGAGCUGACACAAAAGGCCAACAUAAAAAAACGUUAAAAGUGGACGACGUCUAUUCCAGUGAAGAGGAUGAAAUAGAUGUGCCUUUACCAAUUGAAGAAAGAAAUCUAAAAGAUGAAGUUCAAUUAAGAAAAGAUGGCAAAGUCGUCGGACGUGGUAUAGUGAUGCCCAAUAAAACCAUUGUACAUGGUUACAAAAUAACAGACGGUUGGGUAUACGUAGAAAUUAGGAAAUUACAUUGCGAAAACGUUAAAUGCUGGGAUGAUUACCCCACAGUGUCGGGCGAAGUUGAAGAAGGGAGUUUCUGUGCAUGGCCAAUCAACAAACUGGUCAUGCCAAAUUCAGAUGUAUCUGAUAGAUUCAGCAAACAGCCAGAAAGUCGAAACAGAAAACGAAAACUGUUUGUACAUGAGAAUACAUUUUCUGACUAUGACCAUUUGUCCGGCGAUGAAUUAAACGAACGCACGGGAAGUGAGAUAAUUUGGGCAAAACAAAGAAAGAGGUUAACUGUAGACGACAUCUAUUCUGGCGACGAAGUCUACUCUGACGACGACGUCCAUAAAACGGAUAAAAAUGAAAGUUCAGUUGGUUCAAACGUGGAAAACGCAAGCAAACAAGCACAUAUAAAGGUCACGAAAAAAACGGAAAGUAACGCCCGAGUGUAUGAUAGAAAGCACGCGUGUACCUACUGCGGCCAGCUAUGUGCGAAGAUUGCAAGACAUCUUGUAACAAAACACAAGAUGGAAGAAGAAGUGAUGUCUGCCUUAGCACAUAAGAAGAAAUCAUCGGAACGAAGAACAAUAUUAGACAAGCUUCGUCUCCAGGGUGAUUAUCACCACAAUAUGAAUACCUUGGAGACGGGUGAAGGAGAGCUAAUAAUAGUGCGAAGACCUGGGGAAGACGGGAAGUACCGCGUUGAGGACUUUUUACCCUGCGAGUUUUGUUUGGGGUUUUUCCGUAGGUGGGAUUUAUGGAAACAUCAGACAUCAUGCCCACACAAAACAGAAUCAUCGGGCCAAUACAAGCAUGUUCAGCAAUCUGCUAAAAUGUUGAUUGCUCCUAUCAUCACUGGGACUGAUAAUGCAGCUCUCAGCAGGAUCUUGUGCUCGAUGAAUCGCGGAGAAAUCGCGGAAAUUGUUAAGAAAGAUGAAUUGAUUAAGGCACUCGGGGCUUUCCUGUUGGAGAAAGAUGGCGAAAGAGAUCGCCAGUUAGUUUCGCAAAAAAUGAGGGAAAUGGGUCGUCUCUUACAGCGCCUAAAGAUUGUGGAAAAGAAUGAGAAGGCUCAGUUGUCCGACUUCAUAAGACCUGAGAAAUUCGACGUUGUUAUAAGAGCUGUUAAGGAGACGGCCGGCUUUAAGGAUCCUGAUCAUGGGCUACUAGACGUCAGCAUUCCUUCAUUGGCCCUCAAGCUCGGACAUUCCCUUUCAAAAUGUGCUACACUUUUGCAUAAUCAGGCGAUUCGUGCGAGAAAUGAAGAAAUGGCAAAAGAAAUAAAAGAUUUCCAGAAACUAAUGAGAUCAGAAUGGGAAUAUAAGAUCUCACAUCACUCCCUCUCCACAUUAAAAGAUCGCAAGAUGAAUUCAGUACAAGUCCUUCCCUUGGCAGAGGAUAUGGCCAUGUUAAGACAAUUUGUCGACAAAGAGAUUACAGAGACAUCCAGCCAACUCAAGGAAUCCCCUACACCUAACAACUGGAACGCACUUGCGAGGCUGCUCUUGGCGAGGGUAGUGAUGUUAAAUAAGCGCAGGGGUGGCGAAGCGUCCAGACUUUUAAUGAGGUCGUUUAAUAGCAUACCAGAAUGGACAAAAAAUGCCACUUCCGAGAUUCUUGCUUCCUUAAGUCCGUUGGAGCAACGACUUUCAAAACGCCUCAAUAUGGUUGAAACAAGAGGGAAACGAGGUCGCAAAGUUCCCAUCAUUUUGACGCCAGAUAUCACAAAAGGGAUAAACCUUCUCAACUCAUUGCGAUCUAAAGUUGGAAUAAACGAGGAGAAUGGGUAUGUCUUUGCUCGGGUAAACAGAGAUUCCUUGGAACCACUAAGAGGAUGGGACUGCCUGAGGUACUGUGCUACGGAAUGUCAGCCCAAGUUAAAGAAUCCCGACGCCAUAACCAGUACAAAACUGCGAAAAUACAUCGCGACCAUCACGCAGGUUCUUUCUCUUGAAGAAAAGGAACUAGAUUGGCUAGCAAAGCACCUCGGGCACGACAUCCGUACUCAUCGAGAGUAUUAUCGGCUUCAUGAAUCAACGAUUGAGAUUGCGAAAAUCAGCAAACUUCUGCUAGCUGUCGAUAGUGGAAAGGCCUGUUCAUUGAAAGGCAAAUCUCUGGAGGAAAUAACACUCGAAGAUAUAUCCGAGCCAGAACUGAGUGAAGAUGAGAAAGGGGAUUGCGAGGAAACUAAUAGUGACGAAGUACAUGCUGAAAAACCACAAACUUCUGCGACGCUACACCACAGGGGGUCAGCUGCAAAGACUGGUGCAUCCAAAUCAAAGAAACCAAGGUUUCUUGACAAGGCUGACGAUGAGUGGCUACCCGGACAAUCUUACAAGGCACAUGGUUCAAAAGUAAGCAGUGGUUCAGCAGCAAAAUCUAAAGGUAAACAAGUACAUCUAACGUGGUCAAAGGAGGAAAAGAAGUGUGUAUUAGAUCACUUGGGCCAUCUUAUUCGACAAGGAAAGGUGCCGAAUAAGAAAGAAAGUUGUGACUGUAUCCUAAAAGGAAAGGACGUCCUGAAAGAUCGCGAUUGGAAAAGUGUGAAGUAUUGGAUAAAAAAUCAGAUAACGAAGAGAAAAAACACAAAAAGUUAAGUCACAAGCUAAAGUAAUGAUCUGUGUUUAGUCACCACCUUUUACACCUUGAAUUGCACGUUUUAAUGAUUUCUUGCCUUACGUCAUUGCAAACAACCAAUUGGCACAAAAUUGUUUAAUUAUCAAAUCAUGAGGUUAUCGUGACAAUCAAUCGAAUGUUAGGAUAAUCGAUUAAACAUUAUGAAUUAAAAUUUGAAGCAGGUCUAGAAUCAAUUCCCUAAAACGUUCGUCUGUUAUUUUAUAACAACGCACAGCCGCCUACAAGAUGACAUUCCGCGGUUCUGCUUUUAUUCAAUACCAUACAAGUAAUAUGGGAUACUAAAUAGAUUCCCUUGUGACAGCAUCAGCAGAAAUUCAAGACAUUAAUUACCACAAUGCCAGGAUUUCGCAAUCAAAGAUGGUUCCCUUGUUAUAAUAGAAUUAUAUAAGGCACGGCAUCUUACCUUUAACAGAUUCCUCAGUAAUGUCAUUUUAGCAACUUGCUAACCAUCAUAUUGCUGGAGCUAACUGCAAUAUGUAAGAUAAAAAUUGCUUUAAUUUCAAAUUUUAUCUCGUGCCCUAUAUAACUCUUUUAUAACGAGGCAGGUAUCUUUGAUUACGAAAUCCUGGCAUUAUGGUAAUUAAUGUCUUGAAUUUCUGAUGGAGAUUCUCAUCUCGCUACAAAGCAUGCAAAAUUGUCAAUUGCCGAAAUAGUAAAAGCCAAAUUUGUCAAGAUUGGGAGGAAUAUUGACAGCUAGGUGCACACAAAAUUUGAACCCUUUUGUGACAAGGGUGGGGCACUUUUGCCCAAUUUUAGUAUGUAAACGAACAUGUCUAGGAAGGAACACUUUCACCAAGUGUUUGUUAAAGCUAGAUAGCGAUGUAUCUGAGGUAAUGUGUAUAAGAAUGUAGUUUGAGCCGUUACUUCAAUUCCUAUAACUUUUGUGAUCGCGUAACUUUUAAGAGUGUCAUUCAUUAAUUUGCAUGUCCUGCCACGUCAAAUCGAAGAGAUCAAAACAAUCAUGCAGAUAUAUGUAAAUAACAUUAUCUUAGCGCUCUCCAACCGAUUUCUGGGAGUUGCUGCAAUUUUCGUAAUUGGAUGAAACAUGUCAAUGCCACUUUAAUUAAUCAUGACGAACUGCAUGCUUUAGUUAUCUUAAAUAUCAAAAUUAAUGUAAUUCGAUAAUUUCGAUAAUUUCGAUAAUUUCGAUAAUUCGAUAAUUACUUCCUGCGUACAAUUUUGGUUUGAAAUUAAUCUAGUCAAUUGUUAAUGAACAAACAUAGCAAUAAGUGUAAUGAUUUUUUACAAAGUUCCAUAGCUAGUUGCGCACUGGCAAUAAUAAGGAUUUGUAAUAACUUAAAAUGGCUUUGCCUUUAGAAUUACUUUAAAAGUCACUACAUGGUUAUUUUGUAAAUCCGGCAUUCUGGUUUUAGCUAUCUUUGAAGCACUGUUAUCACGUCGACUACCGCAAUUUGCACGGAAAAUACAAAAUGUACAUACUGCCGGACUUAUUCUUUUUCAGAAAAAUUUAAAUUCGAUCCCAAAGUCAGUAGAAAUGUUUUUACUAAUAUAGUCCUUUAAUUUUGCAAUGAAUAUCAGUAGAACUAAAUCUCACGAAACCAAAUACCUGUGGUGCCAGAGCAUCCAAAUAUUGUCGAAAAUUUUGUACUACAUUCUUAUACAUGUUACAUUCUACAUUAUUUUGUAAAUAUAUUUUCCAACACGCAGUUUACUGGCAGUGUAUGACUUUCGUUAUUUGUACUUAAAAAAGGUUAUUUGUAUACUAGAUAAAAUAUACCCUUUUUUUGUUUGUUAUUAAAAUAUUUUUCCUUUGUGCAAUGCUUUGGGCAGUAUUUUUCCUUUGUCCAAUAACUUCAAUUGCAUUGAAUGUUGAGUUUAGGCGAACAAUAUAUUUAUAAUAGAACUAUAUGAUAUAACCAUUCUUUUGUCGGAUGAAUAAAUUCUUAGAAUGAAGAGAUGUUUGAUAUUACUAACAAGGUUCAAUGCAUUUUUUAUUGAAAUAAUUGAAGUUACUCCUAGAUAAACGAUACAACUUUCUCGUUGCAAUCGGCGUAUAUUUGUCAUGUUAGCAUAUAAUCAUACAUUACAUCUUAGAGACUAUAGACUUGCAGAAACACGAGCAAUUAUUCACUAGACUUGUGGGGACACGAAUUUUUAGAUUACUGAACUUCUGGGGACAGGUUCAUUAGUAUAUAGGAUAAUAUUAUAUCUCAACUGUAAAUCAUCCAAUCAGAA